AUGCCGGACCCGCAGUACGACCCAGCAGCUGCUCAGAAGAGCAGCAAUGCUCGAGCAGGAGGAGGGAGUCAGCGAACAACAACUGUGAAAGGGGACCGGCAGAGCCGUGUUCACACCGGCAAUCCUCACCCAACUCUGACUUACGAUAUGGGGAGGGUCCUGGGCAAUGGCUCAUUCGGCGUCGUAACAGAGGCAAGAUGCGUUGACACUGGGGAAGUGGUAGCUAUCAAGAAAGUACUUCAGGACCCGCGUUACAAAAAUCGAGAGCUUGAUAUAAUGAAGGAGCUCAAGCAUCCCAAUGUUGUUAAACUAAUUGACUAUUUCUAUACGGAAAUGGGCGAACGCGACAGUAACGACCACAACCGGUUCCUCAACGUUGUGAUGGAACACAUACCAGAGACUGUAUACAGAGUCAUGAAGUCUUUCAUACGGGCAAAUCAACAGGUCCCGUUCAUUCUGGUCAAGCUGUACACCUACCAAAUGUGCCGCGCUUUGGGCUAUCUUCAUGCUCUGGGCAUUUGCCACCGCGACAUCAAGCCUCAGAAUCUGUUGGUGGACUCUCGGACACAUGUCCUCAAGCUGUGUGACUUUGGUUCGGCAAAACGGCUUGUGCCUGGCGAACAGAGUGUCUCUUACAUCUGCUCUCGGUUUUACCGGGCACCUGAACUUAUGCUUGGCGCAAGCGAAUAUACUACGGCAAUCGACGUUUGGUCCAUAGGAUGUGUGCUCGGAGAGCUACUGCUUGGCCGCCCACUGUUUGCCGGCGAGACCAGUGUAGACCAGUUGGUCAAGAUCAUUCAGAUUUUGGGCACUCCCAGCAGGCGUCAAAUGUCCACGAUGAACCCGAACUACACAGAAUUUCGGUUCCCUGAUGUCAAACCGAGAGAAUGGAAAUCGAUCUUCGCUUCCCAUAUUGCUGCGACUGAGACCAAUGAUCCAUCUUGGGACCAAGCGCUUGACCUGCUCACAAAGUUUUUGAGAUACGAACCCGGAGAGAGGCUUCUUCCGCUGGAAGCUUUGGCUCAUGAUUUCUUCGAUGAGCUACGUCUGCCGUCAACUCGGCUGCCGAGUGGUGGACCGCUGCCCGAGUUGUUCACCUUCUCUCAGCUAGAGCUGCAGAACAUGUCGCCUGCAGCACAAGUAAAAUGUAUUCCGAAGCAUAUCGCAAGUGCAAACAACCGUGGCUAA